AUGCUGGCGGCUCCUGGCGGCUCCUGGCGGCUCCUGGCGGCUCCUGGCGGCUCCUGGGGGCUUCGGUUGAAAAUGGCCGAUCCUCCUGAAUCUUUCCUGCCAAUGAUCUUUAAAGGCAAAAGCAGAAACGUGAGCAGGUCAAAAGAGCCGACGGGUCAAAACCCUCACAAGGUUUUCUCCAGACCAGAAAUCUCACGAUCUACAAAAAGUCUGAAGCAGAACGUUUGUGUGGAGAUGUUACAAAAUGGCGACCACAGGUCGUUCUCAGAGUUGGUGUGUGUUCUGAGUUUGGAGCGUCGUCGUCGUCGUGACUCGACUGAUCCUCGUGUGAUCGACUCUCUGCCCCGACCGCUGCAGGACCGACCCGAGCAAAUACACAACCUGAAACAUCACCUGACACACGCCGAGCACGCACAACGCACAGGUCGUUGGUCUCAGGUGUGUGCGCGGUACCUGUCGUUGGCUCGGUGUUUCUCGUGUGAACAGGACCUGUGGCUGCGUGUGCACUUCCUGCUUCGCUGCUGCGAACAACGACACGGCGCCGGAUCCAGAGACGCCACCGAAGCCCACGCCCACCUCACCGAGCUCCGCCUCCAACAGGGUGACCUGCGGGGGGCGCUGCGACACGCCGAGCUGUGCCUGCAGCAGGGGGAGGAGGGCGGGUGGCUCGACUCCUCUGGCUGCUCCCUGAAGAGCAGAGCACAGGAGGCGCUGUGGAGCAUCUACACCCGCCUCGCCAACGCCGCGCUGGAGGAACACAACCACAGCAGAGGGAAAGGACUCCUGCAGAGGGCGCUACAGUACGCCAAAGACUCUGGAAACAAACAUAUUGAAGGAGAAGCUGUGUACAAACUGGGAGUGACGAGUCAGAUCUGUGGAGACCACAGCGCCGCCAAAAAGUACCUGCACAUGUACAUGAGGAUCUGUGAGGAGAUGAAGGACACUUCAGGUUUGGGAAAAGCCUACAAAUCUCUGGCCAAGACUUUUGAAAGUGAGGGGGACACACAGGAGGCACUGUUGUGUCUGGAGAAACUGUGUGACGGCUCCAUCGACGCUCCGCCCCACGACUCGGUGCACGCCUACCUCACCGCGGGGGGUCUCUACUUUAAUAUGAGGAGCUUCGGUCGGGCCUGCGCCUCGUACCAGCGCGGCGUCGACGGAGCGGCGGCUCUCGGGGACGUCGCGGCGCUGCACAAAGCUCAGAAACACGGAGGAGCCUGGAGGAAACACAGCAGAACCUGA